CACUUUUUCCCCACUUUGGAGUGUUUGGAGUUCAAUCAAAGGCAUCAAAGGUGGUGUGAUGCGUGAGCCGUGACGCUCGAACAUGUUCGCAAACAGUUUUUUGUCAUCGGGCAACGGUGCAGUAUUGGCGGCGAGUUUUGAGCGUGAGGCGAUUAACGGUGGCACCGUCGAGGAACUCUUCACAUUAUGGUAGACAAUCGGGCGUCCGCUAGCACGGAAAAUAGGUAUCAUUCAGUAAAUGCGGAUCAGGACGAUCCGAGGGAAACGACGCGCGUGAAAGAAACCAUGCCUUCGGAGCUGCGGUCGAUCAGCGCGGCCGACUGGUUCACAGUCGCGGUCCUCUGCUUCGUGAAUCUUAUUAAUUACAUGGAUCGUUUUACGAUUGCUGGUAUGCUGACGCAUAUCAAGCAUGAUUUUGAUAUCGGCAACGAAAAUGCUGGAUUACUACAAACGGCGUUCAUUCUAAGCUACAUGGUAUUUGCACCGUUAUUUGGGUAUCUGGGAGAUCGUUACAAUAGAAAAUUGAUUAUGAGCAGUGGUGUAUUUCUUUGGUGCCUAACAACAUUUAUUGGUUCUUUUAUGAAAACAUAUGGAUGGUUCCUAUUCUUUAGGACACUUGUUGGCAUGGGAGAAGCUAGUUAUUCUACAAUUGCGCCAACAAUUAUUAGCGAUUUAUUCGUAAAAGAUGUACGUUCUAAGAUGCUCGCCCUAUUUUACUUUGCUAUUCCAGUUGGAAGUGGUUUGGGAUAUAUCACAGGAGGUGAAACAGCUCGUGUCACUGGUAACUGGCAAUGGGGAUUACGUAUUACUCCUGUAUUAGGAAUUGUAGCAAUUCUUCUACUCACUAUGGUCAGAGAUCCUCUCAGAGGCGAACGAGAAGGUGGCGUUCAUUUGACGAGUACUACAUGGUCAUACGAUAUUAAGGAAUUAUUAAAAAAUUCAAGCUUUAUGCUGUCUACUGCAGGAUUUACUUGCGUAGCGUUUGUCACUGGUGCAUUGGCAUUUUGGGCGCCAACAUAUCUACAAUUAGGUUUCCAAUUUUUGUAUGGAAAAGUUGAUGCAGAGGAUGUCGCAUAUAAGUUUGGAUUAAUUAGUAUGGCAUCUGGCCUAAUAGGUGUACCCUUAGGAUCUGCUAUAGCACAAAAAUUACGAACUUAUUGGCAACAAGCUGAUCCUUUGAUAUGUGCCACAGGUCUUCUAAUAAGCGCUCCUUUAUUAUUUUUUGCUAUGAUUACUGCCAACACAAAUCCUGCUCUUUGUUACACAUUAAUAUUUUUUGGUCAGUUAACAUUAAAUUUGAAUUGGGCUAUUGUAGCAGACAUAUUAUUGUAUGUAGUAAUGCCCACAAGAAGAUCCACAGCAGAAGCAUUUCAAAUACUUAUUGCGCAUGCUCUUGGAGACGCGGGCAGUCCUUAUCUUAUUGGACUUAUAUCAGAAGGAUUGAAGUCUUUGUUCUUGCCGAAUGUAGGAGGACAUUCUAAUAUUUAUGACAAUCAAAAUGUAGCUGUCGAGUUUCGUAGUUUACAAUAUGCAAUAUUUCUUACAAUGUUUGUGGAAGUACUUGGUGGUCUAUUCUUCUUCUUAACAGCACUGCAUAUACAAAAGGAUAAGGCAUUAGUCGACCUUGCUAUUGUGGGUGGAAGUCUUUCAGAUUCAGCAUGUAUUUGUAGUGAUGCAGUUAACAGUGAAUUACAAAAUGAUGCAAAUACGAUACUAGAAUAUAAUAGGCAUGAAGACGAACCGUCUGACAUGAUUUUUACAGGAUCUUAAUACUUUAAAUAAACUUGUUACAAAUAUGUACAGUAUAGUUCUAUCAAAGUAAAUAUUGUUUUGAUUUCAUGAUAUAAAAUGAGUCAUACAAGGAUAUCUGUAUUAUAUACAGAUUCACAAAGAAAGUUUUCAUGUCUAAUCAUAAUCAAGAGUAUCCCUAGAAAGUUGAUGGUUACAAGUUACCAUGGUUAAUAAUUUACGAUACAUUAGAUUUGUGAUUAAUGCAGCUUUUAGAAUUUGGAUGAGAAGAUGCAUAUAUAAAUUGUAAAAUAUUUUGAAAUGUUAUAUUUUUAUAAUCGCUUAUAUUACAAGUUCAUGUAAUGUAUUAUGAAAACACAUAAUAAGUGCAAAAUUGUAUAAAUAAUCUAUAUGGUAAGGUUGUAUUAGUAAAUAAUUUACAUAUAUAAGGUACAUAAGUAUUUUAUUUAAAUAUAAAUAUUUAGUUAACUUAUCUAUAAGAUAAUCAUACUGUUUCAGCAUUAAAUAAAAAUGUACAUAAUCAUAUAA